CUAUAUAACAGUACUACUCUCCAGCUAUAUAACAGUACUACUCUCCAGCUAUAUAACAGUACUACUCUCCAGCUAUAUAACAGUACUACUCUCCAGCUAUAUAACAGUACUACUCUCCAGCUAUAUAACAGUAUAACUCUCCCCAGCUAUAAAACCCGUACUACUUCUCCAGCAAAUAUAACAGUACUACUCCCCCGCUAUAUAACAGUACUACUCUCCAGCUAUAACAGUACUACUCUCCGCUAUAUAACAGUACACUCUCCACUAUAUAAAAAGUACUACUCUCCAGCUAUUAACAGUUAUUUAACUCUCCGCUAUAAAACCCGUACUACUCCCCAGCAUAUACAGUACUACUACUCCCAGCUAAUAACAUUACUACUCUCCAGCUAUAUAACAGUAUACUCCUCCAGCUAUAUAACAGUACACUCUCCAGCUAUAUAACAGUACUACUCUCCAGCUAUAAAACAGUACUAUCUCUCCAUCUAUAUAAACAGUACUCUCUCCAGCUAUAUAACAGUACUACUCUCCAGCUAAUACCGUACUACUCUCCAGCUAAUAACAGUACUACUCUCCUCUAAUAACAGUACUACUCUCCAGCUAUAUAACAGUACUAUCUCCCCCUCAGCUAAUAACAGUACUACUCUCCAGCUAUAUAACAGACUACUCUCCAGCUAUAUAACAGUACUACUCUCCAGCUAUAUAACAGUACUACUCUCCAGCUAUAUAACAGUACUACUCUCCAGCUAUAUAACAGUACUACUCUCCAGCUAUAUAACAGUACUACUCUCCAGCUAUAUAACAGUACUACUCUCCAGCUAUAUAACAGUACUACUCUCCAGCUAUAUAACAGUACUACUCUCCAGCUAUAUAACAGUACUACUCUCCAGCUAUAUAACAGUACUACUCUCUCUCAGCUAAUAACAGUACAACUCUCCGCUAUAUAACAGUACUACUCCCCAGCUAUAUAACAGUACUACUCUCCAGCUAUAUAACAGUACUACUCUCCAGCUAUAUAACAGUACUACUCUCCACUAUAAACUUAACCCCAAAAACAUACUACUCUCCACUAUAUAACAGUACACUCUCCACUAUAUAACAGUACUACUCUCCAGCUUUUAUAACGGGUACUACUCUCCAGCUUAUAACAGUACUACUCUCCAGCUAUAUAACAGUACUACUCUCCAGCUAUAUAACGGUAUUUACUCCCCCACUAUAAAAACAUACACUCUCCAGCUAUAUAACAGUACUACUCUCCAUAUAACAGUACUACCCCCUCCAGCUAAUAACAGUACUACUCCCAGCUAUAUAACAGUACUACUCUCCAGCUAAUAACAGUACUACUCUCCAGCUAUAUAACAGUACUACUCUCCAGCUAUAUAACAGUACUACUCUCCAGCUAUAUAACAGUACUACUCUCCAGCUAUAUAACAGUACUACUCCUCCAGCUAUAUAACAGUACUACUCUCCAGUUUAUAUAACAGUACUACCUCUCCAGCUAUAAAACAGUACUACUCUCCAGCUAAUAACAGUACACUCUCCAGCUAUAUAACAUACCUACUCCCACUGAAUAAACAUACUACUCUCCGCUAUAACAGUACUACUCUCCAGCUAUUACAUACUACUCUCCAGUAUAUAACAGUAUUUACUCUCCAGCUAUAUAACUACUACUCUCCAGCUAUUAACAGUACUACUCUCCACUAUAUACAUACUACUCUCCACUAUAUAACUACUACUUCCCUAUUAAGUACUAUCUCCAGCUAUAUAACAGUACUACUCUCCAGCUAUAUAAUACUCUCUCCAGCUAUUAAAGUACUACUCUCCAGCUAUAUAACUCCCUACUUAACUCUCCCAAAUAUACAUUACUACUCUCCAGCUAUAUCAGUACUACUCUCCACUUAUAACAGUAUAUUCUCCAGCUAUAUACAGUACUACUCUCAGCUGAAUAACAGUCUACUCUCCAGCUAUAUAACAUACUACUUCCUUAUAACAGUAUACUCUCCAUUUAUCCUCUCAGCUAUAUAACGUCUACUCUCCAGCUAUAUAACAUUUAACUACUCUCCGCUAUAUAACAGUCACUUCCCUUAUUUUACAGUACUACUCCCACUAUAUAACAGUACUCUCUCCAGUGAAUAACAUACUACUCUCAUUAUCUAUACUCUCCACUUAUAACUUUACUACUCUCGCGGAAUACGUACUACUUUCCAGUAUAUAACAGUACUACCUCCAGUUAUUUUACUUAUAUAACAGUCUCUCUCCAUAUAACAUACUACUCUCCAGUAUAUAACAGUCUACUCUUCCAGCUAUAUACAGCCUCUCCACUAUAUAACAGUACUACUCUCCGGUAUAUAACAGUACUAUUUCUCCAGCUAUAUAACAGUACUACUCUCCAGCUAUAUAACAUACUAUUCCCAGCUUAUAACAUACUACUCUCCAGCUAUAUAACGUACUACUCCCCCCAGCUAUAUAACGUACUACUCUCCAGCUAUAUAACAGUACUACUCUCCACUAAAACAGUACUUACUCUCCACUAUUAACGUACUACUCUCCCACUAUAUACAGUACUACCCCCAGUAAACAGACUACUCUCCAGCUGAAUACAAUUUCUACUCUCCAGCUAUAUAACAGUACAAACUCUCCAGCUAUUUAACAGUACUACUUUUCCACUAUAUAACAUACUACUCUCCGCUAUAUAACAGUACUACUCUCCAGCUUUUUAAACAGUACUAUCUCCACUAAUAAAAGUACUACUCUCCACCCUAUAUAACAGUACUACUCUCCAGCUAUAUACAGUACUAUCUCCAGCUAUAUAACAGUACUACUCUCCCAGCUAUAUAACAUUACUACUCUCCAGCUAUAUAACAGUACUACUCUCUCCAGCUAUAUAAGUACUACUCUCCAGCUAUAAAACGUACUACUCUCCACUAUAUAACGUACUACUCUCCAGCUUAUAAAGUACUACUCUCCAGCUAAUACAGUACUACUACUCUCCAGCUAUAUAACAGUACUACUCUCCAGCUGAAUAAACAGUACUACUCUCCAGCUAUAUAACAGUACUACUCUCCAGCUAUAUAACAGUACUACUCUCCAGCUAUAUAACAGUACUACUCUCCAGCUAUAUAACAGUACUACUCUCCAGCUGAAUAACAGUACUACUCUCCAGCUAUAUAACAGUACUACUCUCCAGCUAUAUAACAGUACUACUCUCCAGCUAUAUAACAGUACUAUUCUCCAGCUGAAUAACAGUACUACUCACCAGAGAGACACAUAA